AUGAGCGACCCGGGCUACAUUACACCUGAGAACCAUGCCUACUACAUGUCUCUUUACCCGUACGACUAUUCUAUCUUCUUUCCUGGCCAAAAGUGCACCACCUGCGACUUCCUUAAGCCUCCCCGUUCCAAGCACUGCAGUAUAUGUAAGCACUGUGUUUCAAAACUCGACCAUCACUGCAUUUUUAUCAACGGUUGCGUUGGAUACAAAAACCAACACUAUUUCGUACUUCUUCUGCUAUCGACGGCUAUUCUUACCUCGUAUGGCGCCCUCCUGGGUUUCUCUCUUCUGUCGACAAAAAUUGCAUCCGAAUACUCUACUUGGGCUCUUUGGCCACCAAAGGGAAUGAACAUCAAAGAGUACCUUCUUAUCUGGAGUUGGGCGCUCCAGGACAAUGUUGGCAUGGGCGCCGUCACGCUCCUCGCCGCCAUGACCUCACCUUUGGUCUGGGGGCUGUUGGGAUACACAGUGUGGCUCAUUUAUUGUGGUACCACGACCAACGAAUCACUUAAAUGGUCUGAUUGGAAGGCCGAAAUGGACGAUGGCUGUGCCUUUAAACGCAGCAUGCCUAAUAAUCGUGUGAAGGACGCACGAUUCGAACCGGCGCAGACGCGAUGGCCGCUUGGUACUCAACAAGUGUUGGCAAGGACCGAUGAUGGUAUGCCUCCUCCCUCUAAUGGACCGGGAGAAGGCGAUUGGGAGCGUGUAUGGAAUCUGAGAGAUGUUGAAAACCUAUACGAUUUGGGACUGUGGGAUAACCUGGCCGACAUAUUUGUCCCAAAUUACAAUUUCAACGUCAAGCGUGACCAACCUUCUGUUGAAGCUGUUGGUCGACAAAGACAUGCGCCCAGAGCAUCGCCUAUUUAA